AUGGGAAAGUAUAGAAAAAGAUUCAAUGAGAAGGCGAGAACUGGUAUGCUUGCUAAGCAAGCUGCUCUAAAGAAAGCAAGAAAUAAACAGUUUUACACGCAAGACGAUGGCACAAGUACAGAUGUGGAAGAGACGAAAGCAUCCGAUGUUUCUACAAACUUCACGAAUCCUGAUCCAAAUGCCGAAAUCCUUGCUCCAGUAAGUGAGGAAGAGCGUCUAGCCAGGAAGAGGGCUUUGGAAGAGAAUUUAUACACCCAAAAUGCAAAAGAUGAAAAAUUGUCGAAAGCCAAGAAGAAGAGACUAGACAAAUAUAUCGAGCAUCAACUUAAAAGAGAAGAGAAGAAAGAGCUUUUGAAGAAAUUGGAAGAGACAAAGAUGGACACAUCAAAACUUACUGGAUUGAAAAAUCUAGGAAAGGGAAAAUUGACCAAAAAAGAGCAAAUGAUUGAAGCAUUAGAAUUGGAGAAGCAAGGUAGAGCAGAUGAACACACACGUGAGGUCUUGUAUGAAGAGAGAGUUGUAAAGGAUGCAAGUGAUUUGGAAGAAGAUGAUGAACAUUACGACGCCAAAGGUUUUCCUGAUGAGAGUAGCACGCCGCUGAGUUCGUUUGUUGAUAAUAGACCGUCAAAAUUUGGAGGAUCUGGGAUGGGAUUUGGAUUCAAAAAUAUACCAGUGAUCAAACGAGAACCAGAAGCUUCAAAGAAAAAGUAUAGUUGGCGGAAAAGGGUUCAAGAGGAGGAUAAAAAAAGGCUAAAGCAAGAAGAUCUAGAUGAUUUCGCAUCAAGCUCGGAAGAAGAAAUGCUGUCGGGUGAGGAAAGUGGAGAAGAGGAAUUGUCAGAAAGUGAAUCACUUGAAGAGGUUGACAAUGAUGGUGUAGAAAAUGGCAUCAACGUAUUAAAAACACAAAAGAGUAAAGCCGAUGAUGGCCAGGUAAGUUCUGCAGAGGAGUCAGGCGAAAAUGAAAGUGCGAGUGGACUGGAUCUGGAUAGUAAUGUUGAGGUUGCUGAAGAUGAGGGAGUCAGUGAUGAAGAAGGCGAUGAUGACAGUGAAGAAAGCGAUGACGAUGAUGACGAUGAUGACGAUGAUGAUGACGACAGUGAAGAAGAGGAGCACCCGACCAGACUAAUGCAAAAUAAACCUAGGCACUCCAAAACUGCUACAUCAUUCAAAGAUUGGGCUGAGCAGCAACUUCGACAUAUUGAAGGCCGUGACAACAUUCCCCUUGUUGCAGAGGUGUCAGAUGAAGUCAAAGAAAAGUACUCAAAGCGUAAUAUUCGACUGGAGGAUGUAGACCACUCAUCAGAUGAAGAAGGUUACAUACCCAUUGAUAAAUAUAUGAGCCGGGAGGCGUUUGUGGUGGAGGUUCAAAGACCCGAUGGAGUACAACAGCAAAGAAUCUUGUUGCCUGUAUUUGCAGAAGAACAUAAAAUUAUGGAAGCAAUAUACCAUCACGAUUGUGUCAUACUUUGUGGUGAGACUGGUUCGGGUAAAACAACUCAAGUUCCUCAAUUUUUGUAUGAAGCUGGGUUUGGUAACCAUGGUAACAAGCUAUACCCGGGGAUGGUUGGAGUAACACAACCGAGAAGAGUUGCAGCAGUAUCAAUGGCGGAGAGAGUAGGUGAUGAGUUGGGUAACCACAAACAUAGGGUUGGUUAUCAAGUUAGAUUUGACACAUCGAUCAAAAAUGAAGGCACGGAAUCUGGAACCGCACUUAAAUUUAUGACUGAUGGUGUUUUGUUGAGAGAAAUGAUGUCAGACUUUCUUUUGACAAAGUAUUCUGCAAUAAUCAUUGACGAGGCCCAUGAGAGAAAUAUAAAUACUGAUAUUCUAAUCGGGAUGCUAACCAGAGUUAUCAAAUUGAGAAGGAAGUAUUUUAGGGAAAACAGGAAAGGUGUGAAGCCAUUAAAGUUGAUCAUCAUGUCGGCUACUUUGCGAGUAACCGAUUUCUCAGAAAAUCUGGCAUUAUUCAAACAUGCACCGCCAAUUAUCAACGUGGAAGCAAGACAAUAUCCUGUGUCAGUACAUUUUGAUAAAAAGACAGAAUUUAAUUAUAUUGAUGCAGCAUUUAACAAGGCGUGUAAAAUCCAUCGAAAGCUUCCGCCUGGUGGUAUAUUGAUAUUCUUGACAGGUCAAAAUGAAAUCAAGACAUUGGUCAAGAGGCUCAAGGAAGAGUUUCCAAAGAAGAAGGCAAGCUACAUUGAAGAUGAAGAGGUUAACGAUGUGAGGGUAUCGGAAAAUGUUCAACAAGAGGUUGAAGAUGUGGACUUUAGUGUGAAGGUAGAUGAAGAGAGAAACUACGACGACUACGAUGACUCAGAUGGAGAAGAGGAGGGAUUUGAGGAAGCUCAAAACACUCUUGACUCUGAGGUUGGACCGCUUCAUGUUUUGCCAUUAUAUUCUCUUUUGCCCACUAACCAACAAAUGCGUGUUUUCGAUGAACCGCCGAAAGGAAGUAGAUUAUGCAUUGUUUCCACUAACGUAGCUGAAACUUCCUUGACCAUCCCAGGAAUUCGUUAUGUGAUUGAUUGUGGAAGAUCAAAAGAACGAAAUUACAAUAAAGAAAACGGAGUGCAGUCGUUUGAUGUCGACUGGAUCUCUAAAGCAUCAGCAGACCAAAGAGCAGGAAGAGCUGGUAGAACCGGACCCGGGCAUUGUUAUAGACUAUUUUCAUCUGCCGUGUAUGAAGAGUUUUUCCCUCAGUUUAGCAUUCCUGAAAUACUUCGAACUCCAUUUGAGAGUAUAGUGUUGAGCAUGAAAAGUAUGGGAAUUGAUCAAAUUGUUAAUUUCCCAUUUCCGACUCCUCCUGACAGGACCGCUUUAAAACAGGCUGAGCAGCUAUUGGUCAUUUUGGGUGCACUCGAUAAGGAACAAAAACAAAUAACCGAUUUGGGAAAGAAAAUGUCUCUAUUCCCAUUGAGUCCUAGGUUUGCAAAAAUACUUAUUAUUGGAAACCAACAAGACUGCUUGGAAUAUAUCGUGGCAAUAGUGUCUGCAUUAUCCGUUGGCGAUCCGUUCAUCCCAGAGAAUGAGCUUGUAGGAAACAUGACUGAAGAGGAAAAGAAGAAUUUCAGAAGCAAAUUCUAUCAAUCGAGAGCUUUAUUUUCGAAAUUAGACCCUUCAAGCGAGUGCAUGACGUUGUUGUCUGCAGUGUGUGCUCUCGAUCAUAUUCCUAGUGAACAGGCGGGUGAAUUUUUGGCUACGAAUUAUUUAAGACAAAAGAUGAUGCAAGAGAUCCAAAAGCUUAGACAACAAGUUGGACUGAUUGUUGAGAGAUGCUUGAUGACUAAAAAUGGAGGACAGUUGAGUCAAAAGAAGAAGUUAGAUGUCCCUUCCAAGAAACAGGUAUCGGCAAUGAAACAAAUGAUUGCAUCAGGAUUCGUUGACCACGUUGCAAUCAGAGGUGAUUUAAUCUCUCCUGAUGUCAAAAUCGCCAACAAAACCAGUAUUAGCAACAUCCCCUAUUGUCCUGUUUUUCCUAUUGGCCUGGAUCCUUUUGUUUAUAUUCAUGCAAACUCAUUGUUGAGCAGAAGCGGUGCCUUACCAAGUCCUUACUUGGUAUACCAAAGUCUUAGUUCUAAAUCAAAAUCCGUGGAUGACGAGAAAUCGAAGAUUAGAAUGAAUCCAUUGGUUGAUAUCAGUGGAAAGCAGUUAACAAACGUUGCCAAAAGCUCGGGAUUGGUAACCUACUCGAAGCCUUUGGGUCAUCCGUACGCUCCAAAGAAUAUCACUGCCACUAAACGAGAAUGUUACGUAGUUCCCCGAUUUGGAGCUUCAGUGGGAAGUGGAGGUGUUGGUUGGGAUUUACCGGCAAUUAAGGUGACUCAAGAAAAACAACGUGGGUCCUGGGUGAAUAUAUACGAUCUUGUACUACUCAAGUCAGAAAUUGCUUCUUCUAAUGAGCAAUUGACAACCUUGACAAGCUUUACGUUUGUUCUCAAAUACGUGUUCAUUGAUGGCGGGUUCUUGUGGCUACUUCCGAUAUUAAGGAUACCGCAGCUUGCAUUUUCACCAUCCAAGACCUUACUUUACAUAUUUAUUCUCAAUGGGUUCACGCUAUUUUUGGUAAGCAAUAUGGCAUUGCCAUUGCUAUCCAAUUUCUUUUUGCCAAUUUGGAGAGUACUUCUACAAAGGAAUGAGCUCAAUAUUGCUGGAGAAUCAAUCAAUAUGGCCAAUGUUAUCGAUAUGGACUCACAUUUUAAAGGUAAAUUGACAAUUCAUUACCUUCCCGAUUCAUCUGCGAAAAUGAACCCAUUUCAUAUUGAUCAAACUUGUUUAGGGUCCGCAGGUGAAGACACCAUUCAAAUGCCCAUUGAGUUCAACACAACGUCGGGGAUUGGUUUUCUACAGAUUCAACAAAGUACUGUUAAUAACGAACUAAAACUUUACAACUACACUGGAUCGACGCUAAAAAGAUUAUUCAAGAAAGAUUACUCCCAUUUGCAGAGUAAGAUUCAAUCCAGUCCCAGUGACACCUUGUUUUAUUUGGAAUAUCCAAUUAAUGAACCAGGUAUGUACAAGAUCAAGAGCGUUUUGGACAAGAAAGGUAACAGUAUCAGAACAUACAAGUCUGAAUUCAUUAUAUCAAAUUGCCCGCUGGGUAAGUUUUUCUAUCCACCUCACUUUGACUUCCAAAACAAUCACAAGUGUUUGUCGUCUCUUGAGCAAGAGGCGUUUCCUGUACCUUGGCUAGAAGUGUAUGGUCCUUCACCUGAGCAUGUUGACCUUGUUAUUAAAGCUAAUGGCAAGGAGUUCAAGUCAUUAAACCUCACAAUUCCCAGUGAUACCGAUCAUCAGAAACGGUCGAAAGGCGAUUUUUCCUACUUGAAGCCUUCGAAGCUUGUUAGAAACUCGUUGGAAGAAGCCAUUUUACAGCAUAUUGACGAAUUUAAGUGGGAUAAAGAGACCGCCGUUGAGUUCCAGUUGAUUUCGGUCCAGGACUCGUUUGGCAACUUACACAGGUAUCAGCCACUCUCUAAGGAUAAAGAUGUGUGGUACAGAUUGGUUCUUCGUAGGUCGCCAUCUAUUGGACUCAUUGAUCAAGAAAAAGACCAUCCGCUUCUUUUGGGGGGUGAAAAGAGAUUGAUGAUAUCGAAUUGGGAUAGUUUUAACCACAAGGACUUUCCCCUUGACGUUGUUAUUUCACACGAUGGGUCCAAUUUUACGCGAUCUUUCUCUACCAAAGCACAGUUACGAGGUGGUUUAAAGGUAAAUGAGCCUGGUUUGUAUCAGUUGGUUUCGGCUAAAGAUGCGUACUGUCCAUGUGAGAUAACUGAUGCACCACCAGUACAACUUAAGUCGGCACAAAUACCAGAGUUGAGUAUCCAUGCACAGCCGGAAAGUGAUAGAUGCUUGGGGGUAGUGGGAUACAAGUUCGACUUCAACUUCACUGGUAGAGCUCCCUUUAAGGUGCAAUAUCAAAUUUACUCAAACAAUUCAGGUAUUUUAAAACCAGUGUUGUCUCCGUCAGGCCAAAGGGUUCGUGAAUUGACAUCUGCACAGAACCAGCACUCGUUCAAAUUCAAACCACCAGGUGAGGGAAGUUAUAGCAUCGUGUUUUCCAACUUGAAGGAUGGUAACUAUCGAGACAAGGGAUUUCCUAUCGACGAGCUGAAGUACACCUAUCUGACAUAUUUCAGACAGGCCUCAGAAUUAUCAUUGAAGCUAGCCGGGCGUGAAUUACACACCUGUUAUGGUAUAUCUGCAACUAUACCAGUGGUGCUAAAAGGAAACGGACCGUUCUCAUUUGACUACGAUUUUGUCGACCCCGUUGGACAGAAAAAGUUGAGUGCUACCGUGCAUGUGAGUGAUGUUUCUAGUUAUAACAUUGAAACGCCUCAGUCAUUAAUUGGUAAAACGUACAAUCUUAUCUUGAGAAAUGCCAAGGAUAAAUUUGGUUGCGAUGCAAAAAUAGACGAAAACUCAAAACAAGUAAAGAUUGUAAGUAGACCGGAUAUUCCUGAGCUUGAAUUGAGUAAUACCGAAUCGAGAAUUCAAAUUGUUGAGGGCCAGUUUGUUGAUGUUCCAGUGAAGUACAGAUCAUCCGUUGGACAACAAAGAAAUGACGUGGCCAUCUUAAAAUACAUGAAUUUAAAAGGCGAACCAUUGAAAGAUAAAAAGGCUGAUUUGAGGAAAUCAGCAAUUCGAAUCUAUGAGGAGGGAAUUUACAGUUUGGAAUCUUUCUUCAACGACAAUUGUGAAGGAAGGGUUGUUGACAAGGACAAGACGGUGACUGUCACUUAUUACGAGAAGCCAUCAAUGAAUAUUACUUUUGCUGAUGAAUACUUGCAGCAUAAAGAUGAUUCCAUAGUCCAUUUGAAACCAGUUUGCAAUGGUGCUCUAAGUGAAGUCGGUUUGCAACUAAAGGGAAAAGCACCUUUCUUGGUUGAUUAUGAAAUCAAGUUACCGAGUGGUAAAGUUGAAAGUCACACUAUGAACGUUGAAGGCCAUCAUAUUAGAAUUAAAUUACCAACUAAGGUCAAUGGUCAAUAUGAACAUAACUUUAAAAAGAUCUACGAUGCUCGUUACACUAGACAAAGUAAGGUUCCGUUGGCAAAUGUUCCCAAAGUUGUGUAUCAGGUUAAUGGUUUACCUACUGCCCUGUUCAUCCCAGAUAAACACUUUUCGCAGGUGUGUGAAAAUAGAGUCUAUGGCGAGGAAGUAAUAGCAAAGAUUCCUCUCGAACUUUCUGGAAAGUACCCAUUUGACAUUGAAGCUAUAAUACGGAAUGAAGCAUCAGGCGAAAGUCAAAAGAUGAGGUUUAGAAACAUUGUGGAGCCGAAUUUGUCAUUGCAAAGUAUGAAAUUUCUCACCCUUGGAGACUACUCGAUUGAUUUAGUCAGCGUUAAGGAUAGUAAUGGGUGUGUCAAUGGCAAGCUACAAAAUGCUAUCAAGUACAUUUUGUCGAUAACUGAGCCUCCAAACAUAUUCAAAUCGUCAGACAAAUUCCACUACUGUGUGGGAGACCACGUUGGCUAUAAUUUAACUGGUGUAUCUCCCAUCACCAUUUUUUACCAGUACGACAAUGUGCCCAGGAAAGCUGAUGUACAUCACCUGUUUGUUAGGUUGGCGUCGAAGCCAGGAAUUCUAAAUAUACAAGCCUUGAAGGAUGCGGGUGAGAACUCAUGUAUGGUGAACUUCACCUUGGAUAGCGAAAAGUUCAAGGACUUGCAACUUCAAGUGCACGAAUUACCCAGUGUCGAAGUUAACAAAGGUGAUUACAUAGUUGAAGACAUUCAUCAAGGCGAUCACACGGAGUUGAUAUUUUCAUUUACAGGUGAACCUCCAUUUAAACUAACAUACAUUAGAACUAUUGAAGUUAAGCGGGACCAAAAGAAGGUGAGAAAAUUGUUAGAAAAGGAGACUAUUAAUGACAUUUGGGAUCGUGAUCUUGUUGUAUCGGCCAGUCUUGAAGGUACUUAUGAGGCCAUCGAGGUGCAAGACAAAUUCUGUCGAGCAGUGAAAUCAAUCAGUUAUAUAGAAUAG